GAACUCAAGUCCCAUCAUUUCCUGAGACUUGGCAUCACUACACCAAAUAUUUUUUCCUUUUAGUACUUCUAAUAUUGCACACGCACAUACACACACUCCGAUAUAUACUGUCCAUUUGCCGAAAACCCACAUUUGAUUGGAUCAACCCAAUAAUUCCAUUGGAUUAGCCACUUGUCUAGGUUUUAAAACUAUGUUUUUAUGUAUAAAGGAUUCUAUGGGGAACAAAAUUAAACUGAGGAAAAUUUAAUUCUCAUUGUUAGUAAAUGCGGCGGAUUAUUUUAUCCGAACCAACGUUAAAAUGUGAAUUAGCAGUGAAGGGUGAAUUUUUUCUUUCGAUUUUCCACCAAAUCUGUCGCAGAUUCAAUCAACCGAUCCGUUUCGGCCCAGUCUACUCUUUGUGCUUUCUUUGCGAUUUCGUGUUUCUUAGAAGACAAACAGCAUGCAGGCCAGCGACAGGUUUAAUAUAAAUUCUCAGCUUGAGCAUCUCCAGGCUAAAUAUGUUGGAACUGGCCAUGCGGACUUGAACAGAUUCGAGUGGGCAGUUAACAUCCAACGCGACAGCUGUGCAUCAUAUGUUGGGCACUACCCCAUACUAGCAUAUUUUGCUAUUGCGGAAAAUGAAUCAAUUGGAAGAGAACGGUACAAUUUUAUGCAGAAAAUGCUUUUGCCUUGCGGCCUCCCCCCAGAAAGAGAAGAUGACUGAACUGUCUACAGGCUCUAGAUAAUUCCAGUGUCUAGAUCCUUGUUAGUAGUCCCUAUGUGUUUUAAAAAUUUGGAACAGGAUUUGAAUCUCUCAAAUGUUUCUGGGAGCAACAAUGAUACAUGAGCUGAAGCAAAAAUUGGGUGUUUUGAGAACAAUGCAUUUUACGUGGUGGAAUUUAAAAAGUUAAUUUCCUUUGCCAUA